AUCAAAAUGGAUAAGCUCAAUAAUCUAGGAAUAGAUAACAAUACAAAAGCAUUGCUAGCUGCAAUUAUCGCCUUACAACUACUCCAUCUAUUCAAGCGCACCGACAGCGUAGUACACCCAAUAAUACUCUCUAAUCAAUCUGAAGCUAGCCCAGUUAGAAAUCAGAAUCAGAGUGCGAUAUAUCGCAAUUCUAGUCUAGGAAAUCUACCCUUAGUCGAGAGGCCAGCAGCUAAAGCUAGAGGAGCAGCUGAUUUAUUGGAGUUGAGUGAUAAUAACGCAAGGAUGCUAAUUCAAUCACAACCUUAUACACCUUCGACAUUAAUAGAUCAGGCGGUCAAAGCGAUUUCGUCAAUCAGUAAACAUACAACAUUAUUGAAAUCAAAAACAUCUACUAUCUUAAUAGCAACACAGGAUGUACACAUCGCCGUGCUUAUUGAACUUGGUGCCCUCCUCAUUGGUAUGCAGACAGCUCAUAUAAAUGCCAAUGACAACAUAGCUGCUGCUUUAACAAAGUUCGAGGAACAUGGCGCCCAAAUUACUGCCAUUGUCGCCGACGAUAAACUUGGUAUUCUCCCUAGGCACUUAAAUGACGUAUUAUGCGUCUUCACAAAGUCCAUUCCACCGAAUGUUGGUCUAAACUACGUCAAAUUCGAAGUGGACGCUUUGGUAGAGCCCCUCAGUAUAGACAAGAAUAAUAGAGAACCAUCUAACACCAUUUCAUAUGUGUUAAGCGAUGACACUGUUUAUAAAAUGGAUAAUAAGAAUAUCACAGCAGGUGUUUACUCAAUUUUAUCAACAAUACCACUUGCGAAGAAACCAGCCCAUAACGACACAAUAGUGACAGAUGAGCCCCUUUCUACAGCUCUCGGAAGAACUCUGCUAUAUACUUCAAUUUUUUCAGGUUGCUCCUAUUUUUGCAUUCCUCAAGAUGCCGCCCUGCCUUUAUCUCCAGUACCUCAGUACCUUUUUGUCUCCGGAAAACACUUGUCAUUGUUAGCUCAUGAUUUAAGUAGUAUUGCAAUAAACAAAUGGUGGUACAAAUUCAGCAGACGACAAGCAUUGGCCGCGGACGCAGCAGGUCAGAUACCUCCACCAUCAAAUUGGGGAGUUUUUAGAAGAGUUAGAGAUACCAUAGGCCUUAAUAACGGCCUCAAAUAUGUGGUCUCAACCGAUGGUGAAAUAAAUGACUCAACAGUCACAGAUCUACGAAUUUCACUAUCAGUACCUAUCGUUAAGGCAUUUAAAGAUCCACGUUCCUCAAGUUUCGUCUUUUCAAGGAUAGCUUACGAUACUCUCAAAAAUGGCGGCCUUGGCCCCCCUACUUAUGCAAUUGAAGUUCGCUUAGCUGAUGGAGGCCUAGAUGAGUUUAGCGGACGUUUACAAUUUAGGGGACCAUGUGUACUGGAAGGUCAUGGUGAUCAAUUCUCAGACUCUACAAAUCAAUCUUUUAUGAAAAUACUCGAGUCAGGGUCUUUUGAGUUAAUUAAAACACAAAAGUGAAAAUGUUUCAAAUUUUGUACAUCAAAGUAACGAUGCAUGGUAAUUGUUGUUCCUUCAUUGAUUUGGUUUACCACUUGUAUAUGAGAUCAUGGGUCUCCAUUUUAUUUAAC